UUGGGGUUCUUCAGCCUGAGAAAUCCUUUCCCGAGUCCACCCAGAGAUCUGCCGGAAUCUCAAAGGUCUGCUGCUUAAUCUCAACGCAGAACUGAGGUGCAAGAGGGCGGACGAGGCAGCCUCAAAGUGCUUUCCUUUUGUCUCUGGAAGUUUUAGUUUGAAACUUAAGCGGGAGUGAACAGUGCCAGCAUCAUCCGCAGAGCUCCAAGGGUCUCCUAUCCGAAGAGCAAAGUGUGUGGUCGGGAUCCCCCCACCCCUCUCUGUGUUUCUUAGUCACAAGCUGAGCUCCUGGGCUCGCAGGUCUCCGGCUGAUUCUGCACCCUUGGCAGCAAAGCCGCCCUCGUCUCUGCUGACGGACUCCAAACCCGGGGAGGUUUCACAGAUUUAGGAUGUCGCUUCUGUUCGCCUAGUAGAGAUUGAAGGGUAGUCUGCCUUGUUCUUACGAAUAAAGUGGAACUCCUUGUGUGUGACGGACUCAGUAGCUGGAAUUGUCAACUCUGCCAAUUUCUAUGCACAUUUCUCUUCCACUAUGAGCAGAUCAAUUGUCUUGCACCUCUGUCUGGCUUUUGGUAGUUUUCUUUUUCUUCAGUUUGCCACACGAUGUCUGGCUUUCCCCAAAAGAGAGCAAGAGCAAUCUGAGAGGAUCAGCACAGACGAUCUGGAAAGUAGCUUAGUGACUCCAAAGCUGACUCCCCAGCUGGUGUCCUCCGAAGAUGCAAGAACAGCCUCAGCAGAACCAGCAGCAGUGUCGUUAAAUGAAAUCCUCUGGAGCAACAAAGAAACCCAUCCCACCAGAGCUGGGCUCCUGUGGUUUAGCAGCGCAGGUCUUUAUAUUGCCUCCGAGCCAGCGGUCCUGACAGCUGCUUCUCUGAGUACCGAUGGGGAAGAGGAGGCCUGGAGCAAUACCAACAGUCAGCUGGCUGUGGAAGGGACCACAGAAACAACACAAGGUUUUCUGACACACGUGGAUAAUCAGCUGUUUGCAAAUGAAAGUCAGGAAGGAGUUAGUUUGGGACAUACACCGUCAUUCUAUAUGAACACCGGAGAAAUGCUGACCGCCAGUCCACGGACAGAGAAACUUGAAGCAGCCACAGACCAGAGGACACCUUCUUUUCCUGGUGCUGAAUCCACAGCAGACGCUGUGCCUGGAAACCUCCUGCCUAAAGGGGAGAAUCCCUCACAGAUGACAGCUGAUGAUACCCAGGCCACUGCCACCAAGCACUUGUUGGUGGCAACUUCUGCGUAUACCCUGAGUUUUGAGCCUGAAACCGACGGCUUUCUGGGAGCCCCGGAAAUCACAGUGAGCAUCAGCUCAGCUGUUCCAGCCACCUCUGUCUUAGGUGAUGAAUGGGAUGACACCAAACUAGAGCGGGGAAGCCGGACAAGGACCGCAAGUGUUGGAGACAAUCCUGAGGCGGCAGAGGUAGCUCUGGGGCUGCCAGAAGGGGACACGCACGUGGGUACAGCACUGCAAAUGUCGCAGCGGGAUGAGGUAUCACCUGCCUCCACCCACGUCAGUUCCUUUGCUCCCACGAGCCUGCCGGAAGGUACAGAGGUUUCCAUGAGCCUGUUCCAAGGUACAGGAGGUGUCACGGAUUCCACCAAGGGAGACAGCGCGGUGUUCCUCUCUGAGGUGACUGAGUCUGGGUCAGAAUCUGAGUCGGAGGCGUAUCGACCCCUGGGACACGUGCUGAAAGACAUCACCACUCAGGAAAUGACGACGACUGCCCCAGAAGCGGAGGCUACUCUACCCUUCGUGACGCGAGAGCAGAUUGCUGUCCUGGAAGAUCCCAGAGACCGUGGAGACACCGAGGUGGGCGAGGAGUCCCCCUCUCCUGGGUCUGAUGCUCCCGCUGCUACUCAGCUGUCCAGAAGAUGGGAGCCUCUGGCCACGACAGUUUCAACCACAGUGGCCCCACUGUCCUCCGGAGUCACCCCUGCUGCGCAAGGCUUCACGGACACGGUGGCGUUGCCCCGUGAAGAGUUCACGGCAGUUUUGGGCUCCCUGGUGACACCCUCCGGAGCGACGGUGGAGGUCACCAGCUCUUCCCCAGCACUUCCGGCCUCUGAGGCCUCCUCGGAGAGAACGGUUCCAUCUGGGAGCAGCGCGAACACAGCCGCCCCCUACGGCCUGGAGCAGCUCGAAUCUGAAGAGGAAGAAGAUGAUGAGGAUGAAGAGGAUGAAGAAGAUGAAGAUGAAGAGGAGGAAGAGGAGGAAGAUAAAGAUGCAGACUCCCUAGAUGAGAGCUUCGAUGGUGACAGCGACCUUCCAGGCUUUACUCUCCCUGGUGUCACAUCGCAGGAGCCUGGCUUGGAGCAGGGAAACGGGGACCCACUGGCAGGAGCCACCUACCAGAUGCCAGACGCCAUCGAGUGGGAGCAGCAGAAUCAAGGCCUGGUGAGAAGCUGGAUGGAAAAACUCAAAGACAAGGCUGGCUACAUGUCUGGGAUGCUGGUGCCUGUAGGAGUGGGGAUAGCUGGAGCCUUGUUCAUCUUGGGAGCGCUCUACAGCAUUAAGGUUAUGAAUCGCCGAAGGAGAAAUGGCUUCAAAAGGCACAAAAGAAAGAGAGAAUUCAACAGCAUGCAAGAUCGAGUAAUGCUUUUAGCCGACAGCUCUGAAGAUGAAUUUUGAAUUGGACUUUGGUUUUAUUGGGAUAGUCAAUGAUGUUAUUAUUUUAUUUUUUAUCACGCCACACUGCUGCUGCAAGGCAGUCAGUCCUAGUAUCUGCUGGAUAGUUGAUUUUUCUUGUUCUGAGCAGAAGAGGCAUGCUGUAAACUAAACGUAACACACUGUGUUUGGUUUGCUGUAGUGAAUUUCCCAUCAUCAGGGGCUGCAGUUUAUAAACACAGCACACAUGUUGUUCAGUAAAAGUAGAGGGAUGAGGUAGAGUGAAUAUUUUGUAUUUUUCCACGGUUUGGAUCACCUGAAUUAAGUGUAAUGAUUGUUGCCGCCAAGGCAUGCUUGCCUUUGAAAUAGAAAUUUUAACCAAGAGUAACGUCUCAUAAUCACACUCUACCUACUUGAAGUUGUAGUCUUGGGGACAACGGCACAUCUUGCAUUUGCAUUAAAAUUAGCGUCUACUUGGAAUGAAAUCUUUUUUUGGUCAAGAUCUCUCAGCGCAUUAGAAUUCUUACCUGUAGAUUUCUAUAUAUCUCACUGUAUACUUCAGUCUCCUACUUUUAUUAUUUUCACUGUCUGUCGUAUUCUGUCUUGGCAAGAGAAGAAGUGCACUAGAAACAAUACAUUAAAUCAACUCUUAAUAAUGUGCUUGCUUUCUUAAAUAGUAUGUAUGAUUAUGUCUGUCCGGUCUGUCAACAGAGUCUUAUAUUUCUCACGAAAAGGUACUCUCUUUGUGUACCGUCUGACUUUGGCAAGAAGAAAUGGGGAAGGAAUCAAGAAGAUGAGGUGAGCCCGACCCAAGAACGUGUGUCUUUGCUGCUUGGCUCUCAGCUUAUGUGGCCGCCACAUGAGCAGUUCAGAAUGUUGCUUUUCCACAUCUGUUUUUCUUGUCUGCGGCAGGAGCAGGCUCAGUGGCCAGAGCCCCAGUGCACAGUGGAGCUCACGGAAAACUAGUCUGUCCCUAGGCAUCCACUGCGGGGACAGGGACGGUGCUAGGUCCUGGUGUGCGAGUCCCUGCCGAGUACCUAGUAGGGCAUCUGGUACCCUAUUCAAAUCUGGGCAUUUGGGACUUGUAUGUAGUUGAGUUUUGUGAUAGACGCCUGCCUCAUUUCCAUGGCAAGGUAAAGGUUCCUUGAGACCACUGUUACUAUGGAGAAUUCAUCGUGUUCAUUAUUGCUUGUGCUGCUGUGUUCAGGGAAGUCACACAGAGCUUUCUCACAGCUGCAGGGCGAGCUGGGACGUAUGUUUUUAUUUCCCACUUGACUGAAAUUGGAACUGAAGCAGAGAUGGGAAACAGUUAUCCAAAGUUAUACCCAGGGAGAGACAGCAUAGAUCCCACUGAGAUAUAAAACCCUGAGCCCUGUCUUCAUUUCAGGACUUUUUCCGUGUGUCUUGAGGAAGCAGUGACAUUUCAGAGUCCUUCUUUAAAAUUAGAGUUCUAGGGCCGGGGAUUUAGCUCAGCGGUUCGGUGGCCUGCCUUGUAAGCUCAAGGACCCGAGUUC